AAUAUUAUAGAUCGCGAGAAACAGAUGAUAAUUAGCUCGAGAGAUUUGCACGAGUCGUUCGUCGAGCCCCUUGAACUGGUCGACGAUUCCGACAAGGACAUAAGGGUGAGGCUCGGGAGAAGUUUGAAAAGCGUGGAAAAUUCGGGGAUAGUCGCGUCUUACGUUGGAUCUAGUUCCACGGAGAGAUCGGCCAAUGGUUCCAGCGCGAGGAUCGCGGGCCCGAUCGAGAAUAAGAGCACGAGAUCAAUGGAUCGGGGAUUCGCUCUCGUCGCGUCGUCGCCCCUGGACGUGGAGAAAUUGUUCAAGGACGAAGGUAGGGUAAAGAGGCAGGUCUCCCUUCCUUACGACGCGUAUUACGACGAGGUGAAUCAACGAGUGAAUCCCGAUUCCGAGAUGAUGUAUUACAAUCGGUAUAUGAAAAACGAGGAAAACGAUCAUUUCCAACCGUUGAACCCGUACGAGAAUAUACCCGGCAACAAGCUGUCGGACAUGAAGGAUUUCGAGUUGGGCAAGGAUGUAGCGGACGAUUAUAACAGAAUAUCUAGGAACAAGGAUCCCGCGAAGAAGAAGAAACACGCUAAGAAGAAGCACAAUAACAACAACAAGAAUAACAACAAAUUGAAGAAGAAGAGAAAGAAAAUUCGCAAGACCAAGCCUAGCAAGAAAACUCGUAGGAAACGGAGGCAUCACAAAAAGCAGCCCAAGAUAAAAGACCGUGAGAAAAAGCGGAAAAAGAGCAUGAAGAAUCGUCAUAACAUUAAGAAAAUAAAGAUUGAUCAGAGCGAGGAGGAUAAAUAUCAUGAUCAGAGGAAAAGGCAUCAUGGUAAAGGAAGGAAGAAUACGAUGAACUCGAUCAACGAUAUCCAGAGAAGAAAGAUCAACACGUUUUUGGUAGCCGAUAAUAUGGAAGAUGAAUCGCAGAUGGAUUUGGCUGUUCAUGGUGAACUCGCAGGAAAGAUCGUGGAACAAAUUUUCGAUCAAGUAUUUCUUUCUUCUUUUCAUUUCUCCCUCUCUCUCUCUCUCUUUCCCUCUCUUGGAUAAUUCUAUCUCACGCGAAACACCGUGAAUUCCUUAUAUUUCUGUCGUUUCGAAAUCAUCAGGUGCAGAAAAAUAAAGAUCUGAAGGUAUCGUUGGGCCCAGGUCUUUACUACAAGCACAAGGUUAGAGAUACCGUGACAGCUGAGAAAUGUCAUCAAACUUUUAGCAACGAUAAAGAGAUGGACGAGAUAAUGAACAAGAUCGUAUCGCUUCUGAAUCAACUCAUUUUCGAGGAGGUGCAGAAAAAGACAUGCAUUUCCCUGCCGCCAGAUUUGAUGGAGUUUUUGGACUGGAUGUUAGAAUUGAAUUCGCAAACGACAUCGUUGCAACAAGUAAUAUUAUUAUUGAUAAUCGAGCAAUCGAGGGGGAAAUUGGACGCACACGUUGGAAUUUUCGUUCCAGCUACCACCGACGUUACCGUUUAUAAAAGGAGAUUCGCAGGAACAUUUUCCACGGGACAAAUACCUCUUCCAAAGUUUUCCGAGUCAACGGAUAGAGACUGAGAUCACCGAAUUAUACGUAAAGAUCACGGUGAUACGUAAUCUCAUAAAGGAGUACGGUUCUUUGUCGGAAAAGGAGCAGGAGAAAGUCGAGGCGAUUCACGAAUAUCUGGAGAAACAGCUAGAUUUGUUGCUCGAGUACAUCGAAUUGAAGGAGGAGACCGAGAAGAAGGAGAAACCGAAUGGAGAGAAUGGAAUGGCCAAUAUAAGCGAGAGUAAUUUCACCAUGUCGGAUGGUCUUUUGCACAUAAAUUUGCCCAACAUCUUGAAACUGAACAGCGCAGACUUCUUCGCUAAUCAGGAUCUUCUUCGAG